AUGCCAGGGAUCUCUACAGACAUAGUGAUUCACAGGUUGCCAACUGACCCAAAUUUUUUACUUGUAAAGCAGAAGCCAUUGCCUAAGAAAUCUGGGGAGGUGCGAGUAUGUGUUGAUUACAGAGAUCUGAAUAAGGCCAGUCCGAAAGAAGAUUUUUCUUUGCCAAACAUUCAUAUUCUUUUGGACAAUACUGCUGGACACGAAAUUGAAUCUUUUGGUGAUUGUUUUGUUGGGUAUUAUCAAAUCUUAAUGGCAGAAGAAGACAGAGAAAAAACCUCUUUUAUCACCCCAUGGGGAAUCUUUUGUUAUAGAGUGAUGCCUUUCGGAUUGAAGAAUGUUGGAGCCACUUAUCAGAGGACCAUAACUAUCCUGUUCCAUGACAUGAUUCACAAAGAGAUGGAGGCUUAUGUGGAUGAUAUCAUAAUUAAAUCCAGGAAGGUUGAGGACCAUUUGGUUGAUUUAAAGAAGCUGUUUGAAAGAUUGAGGAAGUAUAAUUUGAAGUUGAACCCCGCGAAAUAUGCUUUUGGAGCUCCGGCUGUGUCACCUCAGCCAGGGAGACCUCUGAUUAUGUAUUUGUCUGUUCUUGAUGAGGCUGUCGGAUGCGUUCUGGGACAGCAUGACGAGUCUGGGAGAAAGGAGCAAGCCAUCUACUAUCUGAGCAAGAAAUUUACAGCAUAUGAAGCCUACUAUUCUUUCCUUGAGAGAAGUUGUUGUGCUUUAGCAUGGGCAGCUCAGAAGUUGAGACAUUAUUUGCUCGGUUAUACCACUUACUUAAUUUCCUGUUCUGAUCCUCUAAAAUACCUAUUGGAAAAGUCGAUGCCCACUAGACGUAUGAUUAAGUGGCAAAUGAUCCUUUCCGAGUUCGACUUUGUCUUCACAACACAAAAGGCAAUCAAUGGUCAAGUUAUAGUAGAUCAUUUGGCAGAAAAUCCAAGAGAUGAUGAUUACCAACCAUUGCAUACCUACUUUCCUGAUGAAGAAAUUCUAUUCGUUGGAGCAGUUGAGAAUAUGAGUAAGCAGUAUCUUGGAUGGAGGUUAUUUUUCGAUGGUGCGGCAAAUUCUUUUGGAGCUGGAAUUGGAGCAGUUUUAGUGUCGCCUGAAGGGAAACAUUAUUUUGCUACCGCCAAAUUACAGUUUCCUUAUACCAACAACAUGGCUGAGUAUGAAGCUUGUAUUUUUGGAUUGAAAAUGGCAUUGGACAUGGAGAUUAAGGACCUGAUAGCAUUCAGUGAUUCUGAUUUACUUGCGCACCAGACGCUUAAGCAGUGGGUAACUCGGGAUUCAAAAAUUAUGUUGUAUCAUUGUAACUUGCUUAGUUUGGCCAGCAAAUUCAGGAAUUUGGAACUCAGACAUAUUCCCCGCACUCGUAAUGCAUUUGUUGAUGCUUUAGCUACUCUGUCUUCGAUGAUCCAACAUCCCGAUGAACUGGUGAUUGAACCUAUACAGAUUCAACUUUAG